UAAAGAAGGAGAUGAGAGUGAUAGCAUAGGACUGAAUUAUUCUUUUUACCUUCCUUAGAUUACCCCUUCCUCUGACCCCAUCCCACCAAGGCCUAAAAGGCCAGAGUUCAAUUAGUCUGCCAUUUCUUUCCCUUAAUUACAUCAGAAAAUACUCUUUCCCUCUUAUUAUCAGCAUAUAUCAGGAAGAGCAGAAUAGAUUGGAAGAACUUUUAAACAACUAGUGCAACAGAUAAAGCGAGCAAUGUGGUCGUUCUCUUGGAUACCUUCAUCGGCAUCGGCAUCGGCAUCGGCACCGUGUAAAUGGGGCUUCAUGGAGCCUCUUGUGCGGAAUCCUUUAUUAUUAAAACUCCCAUUGUCUCAAUUACAGCUUCCCAGCAAGCUUUCAAGAAGAAGAGGAAUUGUGUGCUGCUCAAAUUCCAGUUCUUCAAUUUCAACAGCAGCAGCAACGAACAUGGGUCCUCCGGUCAUUAAGAAGAGAAAGAGGUACAGGAAGCCAUACCCAGGAGAGAAAAAGGGUAUCACUGAAGAGAUGAGAUUCGUUGCCAUGAGGCUUCGUAAUGUUAAAGGCAAAUACACUCACAAGUCCAUCAGUAGCGAUGACGAAAACGAUGUCGUUUCGAAUAAAGAAGAAAAAGAAGAGAGUGAGGGUGAGGGUGAGGGUGAGGGUGAAGGUGAGAGAUGGGUAGCCAAUAUGGAAGGGUUUGUUAAGUACCUAGUUAACAGUAAACUCGUUUUCGACACUGUGGAACGUAUUGUUGAUAAAUCCGACGAUGUUUCUUAUACCUAUUUCAGAAGAACUGGGAUGGAACGAUCAGCGGGUCUUGCGCAAGACCUUGAGUGGCUUAGUCAACAGGAUAUUAUGAUCCCUGAACCUAGUACUCCGGGAGUCUCUUACGCCAAGUAUUUGGAAGAGCUUGCUGAGAAGAAUGCUCCCUUGUUCCUCUGCCAUUUUUAUAAUAUAUAUUUCUCACAUUUAGCAGGUGGUCAAGUGAUUGGAAGACAGGUCUCUGAGGAGCUCUUAGAAGGGAGAGAACUGGAAUUCUAUCGAUGGGAGGGGGAUGCCCAAGAAUUGCUGAAGGGUGUACGUGACAACCUCAAUAUGCUUGGAGAGCAUUGGUCUCGAGACGUUAAAAACAAAUGUCUGAAAGAGGCAACAAAGUCAUUCAGAUAUUUGGGGCAGAUAGUCCGGUUGAUCAUCUCAUGAAGCAAAGUCAUCUUUUUUUUUUCUUUUCAGAUUCAACAGUUUUGAAAGUGGUUUCAUUCUUCCAGUUGUGGCCAACUUAACACCUGCCUGUCUCUAGGCGGUCAACUUUGAAACAAACGGAAUGGCAGAUUAUCAAGGAGAGAACUUUUGUUUCUAGUUUAUGGUGACUGAUUUGUCCAGUACAAGUGACCAUGUUGUACUGGCGGAUAACACCCCUUCAGAUCCUAAGUAUUGUUUACAAUGCUCAAUAUGUUGGGGUUGAUUUGUUCUGUUCCUCCAAGGGAGGUGACAGGGUACACGACAUGCUUAACGGAACAAUGUUGAACUUUUAAAAGUAGUUUGUAAAAUAACUAUGUUAUAUGUAUAUAUUUACGUUACGGCA